CUCUGCCUCAGCCCUUCUCCCCACCCUCCUCCCAGGAAUGGACCACGGGGAGAGUGAGACAGUGCUGGGCACCCUGGGGAAGGCAACGAUCCUGAGGAUCCCUCCCAGGCUCCGCAACCUCACCCUGGACUUCAGGGAAGCCUUUUGGAAACGGGGGGGGCCUCACAAGAAGCAAGUCCUGGUCAAGUACUCGGGGGGCAAGCCCACCAACCACUUCCAGGGGCAGAUACUCUUCCACGAGUCCGACUUUUCCCUGGAAAUCCUCAACACCAGCCGGCAGGACGGGCAGAUUUACGAGUACAGCGUGAGCACAGGGCGGGAGGAGGAGGCGCAGCAGAUCCAGCUGAAGGUCUACGAGCCGGUGUCCCAUCCCAGCAUCCGCAUCGUCAGCAGGGAAGUCGCCAACGGGAGCUGCAGCAUCGCCCUCAACUGCACGGCGGAGAGAGGGGAUGACGUUUCCUACAGCUGGGGCAGCCAGGACAGCAGGACCUGGGGGCCCUGCUCUGGGAACAGCAGCUUCCUGCACCUCUCCUACCCCCCGUGGAACACGAGCUCCUCCUGCGUCUGCACCGCCACCAACCCCGUCAGCAGCCGGGCCGUCACCUUCCACCCCUCCGAGUGCAGCCACGAGCCGGGGGGCAGUGCCAGGCUGAGGUUGGAGCUCCUCGUGCUGCUGCUGGUGGUGCCCGUCGCAGUCGUCAUCGUCAUCCUCUUCCUGGGGGUCUUCAGGACCCCCCGUCCGGCCCUGCCCCGUGCUGACCAGGAGCCCACGCAGGACCGUGCCGAGCACACCAUCUACUCUCAGGUGCAGAGGGUGGAGAAGCCAAAAGAGCCCCGCACCGCCGACCCCCCCUCCUGCACCACCAUCUACGCUGCAGCCACUGGCCCCCCCGCGGCCCCUGGCAGAGCCCCCCACGCCCCUCCAGAGCCCCCCACCCUGCAGGGACACCCCCCCCUCUCCCAGAGCCCCCCCCAGGAGCCCACGACGGUUUAUGUUGGUGUGAUGAUGCCCAGGGCCUGA